AGUGGCAGCCGCAGCAGCAGCAACAUCAACAACAAAGACGUCAAGCAAGAGCAAAGUAGAAACAGCAGCGGCAGAAUCGACGUCGAGAGCAGCAGCAACAAUCACCACGGAUUCUAGAAGCUCACAGACAGGCGAACUUAUUUACAAACACACACCGUUAAAAAAAUCACCCGAACAUACCUGAUUGGUAAGCUGGAACGAACGAAGUCUACAAGGAGUGCAGAUCUUACUUUACGGAACGCUAGGCGCUGAGACCAUCGAAGCCCCGAUCUCACCGAGUUCGACAGUCACACUUCUCAAAUCAUGGCGGAAGAUGAACCAUCCGAACACGAAUUGAUGGCCGAGUUGGAAUCGCUUCGUGCGCGAAUCACAGCAUCACAAGCCCAAGUACGGGACGCCGACUUCAAAUCACUUUGCGUCGGAACGGGUUCUCCGCUCCCAGGACUUCGACUCAAGGGUCGCAAAAUCCUCAAAGGCCAUAUAGCGAAGGUUGUCGCUGUCGACUUCGCGGGAGAUUCCAAACAUGCGGUUUCGGCGUCUCUGGAUGGAAAACUCAUCAUUUGGGACACCUGGAGCGGAAACAAGGUGCGCAUCAUACCUGUUCGCACAACCUGGAUCAUGGGAGCAGCGUUCGAAAGCUCUGGCAGAUUCGUCGCAGUCGGCGGAAUGGACAACAUGUGCACUAUCUACGAUUUGGAAAAGAAAUGGGGUGGGAACCACGAAGGCGGCGUCUUGGGUGCCGCUCUCGUCCGAGAGCUCGCCGGCCUCCAGGGCUAUCUCAGCUGUUGUGUGUUCGUGAAUCAAGAAAGAAUCGUCGUUGGAUCCGCCGACACCAAAGUGUACGUCUUCGACAUACCAUCUGGAAAGAAGGUCCAGGAAUAUACCGCCCAUGAAGCCGACGUGAUUGGCCUCAGUAUCCAACCGACGGAUUCGAACGUAUUCGUAACCGCUUCAAUGGACAAGACCUGCAAAUUAUUCGAUCUUCGUUCAAAUGACCUAUGUCGCCAGACGUUCGAAGGACACGACAUGGACGUGAACGAUGUCAGCUUCCAGACCAACGGGCACGUUUUCACUUCUUGUUCCGAAGAUAAGACCUGCAAACUUUUUGACAUUCGUUCAGAUGUUGAAAUGGCUUCGUAUCGAGAUCCUGCUAAAGGCACCGCGUUCACCUGCGUUGCUAACUCCAAAUCCGGACGAUUGAUUCUCGCGGGUUCGGACGACGACACCGUGCACAUCUGGGACGUACUCGCGCCGCCGAACCUCGACGAAAGCCAUCUUGGCAAUCUUUGGGGUCACGAUGCGCGAGUUUCAUCGAUGGCGAUGUCGCCCAACGGAGUGGCCACGAUCACAGCAUCGUGGGACACUUCGGUCCGUAUCUGGGCUUAAUCGAGAUAAUGGACUUAGGGCCCGAGAUCCUUCGAGACCAUCAUCGCACAGAGGAACUCCGGACAGCGCUGCAGGCAGGAGAUGCCAAUCGUGUCAACCUGAUAUCUCUUACUAUCUCUGCUAUACAACAUUACUAUCAAGGAGCAACAUUUCUCUAUUGUCGAAUCAGUUUAUCUGAACUAAGAGACAUCAUUCCGAGAACUGCGUCGACUUAGGGUACCAUUCAUUUGUAGUGAUCAAUAAACUGCCAACCCUUACCCU